CUUGAAGGCGGCCAUUUUAAAUGAUGUAAACUAUGGCUUUUGAAUGAAAACAGAUUAUAUAUCCUUAUUAUCAAAUGUAGAGCAGAAUGGCUGGUGAAUUGAUUAUAGAGGAUCUGAAGAAUGGCCAGAUUCACAGCCUAGGGUUACUGUUAAAGGAUUAUCUUGGCCCUCUCUUGGAAAACCCAAAUGUGUUUUCAGCUACAGAAAAGUCCCAUUAUGGCAUGUUUUGCGUUCGUUUUCUACAUGCCAGUGUGGUCACACUGGAUGCAGUGGAAGCCAGUGUUGUGGAUGAACUGUGGUCUUCUAUUGAAUCCUGUUUACAGUGUAUCCAUCAAACAUGGGAACAUUUAAAUUUUAAAGAGCCACUGACAGUUCAGAAAGUGGUCUAUCACAUUUUAACUAGAGGAUCAAAGAAGGGAUCUCUUCGGUUUGUGUUGGAACUUGCCCAGCAUCUCUUCAAACUACUGCAAAGAACAAAAUUGGAUAGCAGCGAGAGUCAGACAUUGCUUUCCAUUGUUAAAAACUGUUAUGCAACCUUAUGGAAUUAUGCCAUGCAGGGAGAGAAUGGAUCAAAUUCGUUAGAGAUGCUGAUGAUAAGACAACUUGCAUUGCAGUUUUACACAUUACAAAACAGAGAUCCUCAUGAGCUGGUGGAAAAAGUCAAGGUUGUUUUAACAAGAUGUGUGAUAGGAAGAAAAAUGCUACAUGAUCAGCUAAUUGAUUGCUGCAUGAGGUUUCGCAAAUCUGUGACAGAUGUGCUUGGGGAAAUGAUAGCAGAGAGUCAUCAAAAUUCUGAUCAGGUGCCGGAGUGUCAGAAAGCAUUCUUGUUGACUGAGGUUUAUUUCAUACAGUUUUUAAUGAAGUGCAAAGCUACAGAUAAGGCAACACUGCUAAUCAAGGAGGUUAAAAAUCAAAAUGCAGAGGGCUGUUCAUCUAGACCCAAGGAUAGUGCUAAUUUUGUUUCAGAAGUAUGUGUGUGUGUAUGUGAAGCAGCUGUGCUUGUGAAAGAAAUCCCGCUGAUGAAAUGUGAGGGGUUACAAAAAAUCUGGAACAAUUUAAACCGGGAUCUAAAAGAAACGACCAGUGUGCUUAGGGAACAGAAAAAUACCACAAGUACUGAAAGUGCAAUCCUUGAAUCAUGCUCUCUUCUGAAAGCUGAAUUAGAUGUCCUAGUGAAGUCAAAGUGUUUUCAAGAAGCUACCUCAGAGGUCAUAGACAGUAUAGCACAGUUUAUGGAAACCUACAUUACAUUGCUAAGAGAAAACUGUCUAAAGCAAGACUUGGGCAAGAAAUCAAGCCAGAUAUUGAAAGGCAAAGAAAUUGAGGCUCGGACCCUACAAUUGACUGUUCUUUUGGAACGACUUAUCAGGACACAAAUGUCUUCAGGCAGUUAA